GCUGCCUGUCACACCAGCACGCCACAAUACACCUACCCGGGGGCCAUCCGCCGCGCUGUGACACCUGGCAGGGAUGGAGGGAGAGAUGCAGCCCGCAGAUGAAGGGCCCUGCGCCCAGAAGAUGUGCCGACAACAACGCGGUCCGUACAGCACCCUGAAAACCUUCCAGAGCAAGCGCUCGGCGGGCAAGUCUCGCUUUGACAGGUCCGCUGUGGUCGAGGUGCCUGUGUUCGGCGGUGAGGGUGGCGGACAUCACUUCACUUUUCACCCCGGGCAGCCUCAUCCUUUCCAGCCGCACCAUCACCAUCAGCGUCUGCAGCUCCAGCAAACCAUCAGUAGCAGCCAGCAGCAUCACCACCCGACUUCUCAGCAGCAGCAGCAGCAGCAACAGCAGCAGCAUCGUUUCCCAUGUGAGAACAGGCCCAGCAGCAGGGUCCCGACAUCCACCUCAGCAGCAGCGGGCAGCGUGGUGGUGGCAGCAUCUAUUGGUACCCAGCAGCGGCGCGCCAGCAGCGGAACAGUGGAGCCCAGAUUCUCCCCUGGACAAACCGGUCUGAACCAAGAAGCUCCAGAUUGCACCUAUGGCAUCAGCUCAGAGAACCGCCUCAUCUUGGAUGCCUUUGCCCAGCAGUGCAGCCGAGUCCUCAGCCUCCUCAACAACGGUCGGCUUCUGGAGCCCUCCUCCUCCCUCACCACCAACAUCAAGCUGGAGGGGGACAUUCAGGGGCUUCACUGCUCCUCGCUGGGGAAGUCCAAACCUGAAGAGAGUUCUUCCACCACAGAACCAGAAGAGGAGGCCCAACAAAGCCAUUUGAACCAACAACAGACCUCUGCCGUUCUCCGCAUCUUCACAGACUCCCUUCAGAGCUAUCUCCUCUCAGGGCCUCAGCAGCAGCAGCAGCAGCAGCAGCAGCAGCUAUCAGCGGAGCCCGGUUCAGGAAUGUCUCCUCCGAGACCUAACCUGGGAGGCUGGGGCUCCCCGACUCCAUCAGAGUCGUACGGCCACCCAUCGUCCACACUGCCUGAGGAGGAGGAAGAGGAAGAAAACUGCUGUCCACGCUGCCUGGAGCUGGAGCAGGAGGUGCUGUCUCUGCAGCAGGAGAACGAGGAGCUCCGCAACAAGCUAGAGAAUAUCCCAGUUCCCUGUCAAAAUGUUCUGGACUACUUCAAGACUGUUCUUGAGUUUCACAACCAGCUGGCCCAGCCGAUGCCAGAGGAGCAGCUCACAGAGGGUAGUAAGCAGCUCCUGGAGAACUAUCCUCUCUUCAUCACUAAUAAGCAGUGGGAUGAGGCUGUCAACUCCUCUAAGAAAGAUGGUAGACGGCUGCUACGGUAUCUGAUUCGCUACGUCUUCGCCACAGACGAGCUGAAGUUCUCCUGUGGUUUGGGAAAAAGGAAGCGUUCAGUCCACUCAGGAGACCCGGGCCUGGAGAGACGACCGCUCAACCCCGUCAAAGUCAGCUGCCUCAGAGAGUUCAUCCGAAUGCACUGUGCCUCAAAUCCAGACUGGUGGAUGCCUUCAGAGGAGCAGAUCAACAAAGUUUUCAGCGAUGCCGUCGGACACGCUCGCCAGGGCCGGGCGGUCGGCACUUUCCUGGGCAGCAGCGGCAGCGGCAGCAGCACCAGCAGCCUCUACAUGGACGGAUUUGAUGGACACUUGUCACAGGACGAACUGUAUUUAAAAGGCUGUCAGAACGGCCAGUCGGAUUGA